AAAGUUUCUCUGCGUUUUUGUGUCUGAGAGGGUGGAGGGUGUGUGUGUGUGCGUUUGUGUACAGUAUGUGUGUUUCAACUGAUUCAACGGAUGCAAUCCAAUCUGUCAGACAACAUUUGUGAGGUUAUAGACAUUUUCUCAUUGCCCUGCCAGAUGCAUACCAAUGCGGUGCACCACCAGAAGGACGAGCGCACCUUGUUGCGCUCUCAUUAUCCCGGCGCCCCGUUCUCUCUCUUUCUGGUGAUAGAUGUGCUCUCCUGGCACCCUCCGGCUAUUCAUUCGCACCAGUGACAGUAAAUUAAUCUUGUAUCAUCAUUACUUUUCUUUCACCUUCAUGACACCCUCCAGAAUAAACACUCGGUUAGAUAACGUCAGAUCAACCGGUCGUGCCGCCCAUUGUGUGCUCGACUUUAUCUUUGAUGUUUUUUUUCCUGUUUCCUACAAAAGAAACAUUUAGACUAAGAUGUAAAGUUGUAAAUGGCAAUCUGACCUGCACUGUGUAUCCAAAGCAGCCCUGACCUUAUCUUUCGGCGUGUAUGUGUGUGCGUGUGUUGUAGAUUUGGGGAAGGGGUGGAGAGUGGGAGGGGGGCUUUGGUGACAUCACUAUCGGGGAGGAUCCGAAUGGACAGGAAAGUCAAUUAGAGUUUAACUGAGUUUAACAGCUGGUAUGGGAGAGAAAGAGAGAGAGAGAGAGAGAGGAAAAAGAGGAGGAGAGCUCAAAAGAGCAGGACAGACAGAUUCAGAAGGGAAGGUAGACAGUCAGCAACAAGAGGGAAUUUUUGCCGGCAAACAACUUUCUAUUCCAGUAAAUAUCCACGUUUUGAGUGCUGAUAGACCACAGCAUUGUCGGUUCGGUUUCUUGGAGGGAGGUGAGGGGGAGCAGAGGUCGGUCAGCAAGAGCCGGUGGAUAUUUUUUAAGAGCGCACUUCUCUGACACUCGCAACACGAUGAGUGCUGCCCUGCCUCUUGCCCGCUUAAGCCACGCUCGCUAACCAGGAGAAGAAGGAAGAGUGAGACAGCGUCCACACCGUCCUCAAGAGCGAAUGGGAAGAGAGGGUCUGUAACGCUGGAGCUCAAGGACAAGCCAUGGACUCUGCACACCUCCCACUUCACCUGGAUGUCCAACAUGUUCCCUGCUAGCCUACUGGUUCUGAUGAUCCUGCUGCUACCUCAAUCCUCAUCAGGUCACCAGGGAGAUCCCAGUCAGACUAAUGGAAACCUGGUCCUCCCUCUGGAGCCUAGUUUGGCCCACACCAUUCAGAAACUUCUGCUGACUCGCCUGGGUCUACAGUCACACCCUAACCCCAGUCCGGAGGCACGUGUGCCCCAGUAUCUUCUGAACCUAUACAGAUUUCACACUCAGCAGUACCAUCUCAUUGAAGACCCAGAGUUUAGCUACCCCUCCCAGCAUGUGCAAGGAGCCAACACGGUCCGAUGCUUUCACCACACAGAGCUACAGAGUUCUUCAGAAAAGAACGAAGAGGCAGUCGACCGCUUACGUAUUGCCUUCAAUCUAUCUUCCAUUCCAUCAGACGAGGCCGUGGUGUCGGCAGAACUACGCUUCCUGCAGGAAGGACCAGACGUGAAUUCUCACACGGUCAGCCUUUACCUCUCCGACGCUGACCCUGCAUCAAAACCCGAACUUCUCCAUUCACGUCGACUGACCAGAGACAAAAAGACGUCUGCAGAACUCUGGGAAACCUUUCCCCUGCAUGGAGAUGUGUUCAAGGGUAUAUCUGAGAAGUCUGGGAGCCUAUCUUUCAUUCUGCAUGUUGUUGCAGAUAACAGCAGUCUUCCGACAGAGAGACAUCUGCGUGUGCGCAGGUCAGCGGGGCAGGAUGAGCCCAGCUGGGCGAGGCAGAGACCCCUACUGGUAACUUACAACCACGAUGGGCGCAGCGAACCGUUCGUACCCCUCAAAAAGCGGACCCCUGCUGGUAGACGAGGCAGGGGCAGAUGGACUGGGGGCAAGUUUAGGGGUAACAGGGGUCAGGGCUUGGAUGUGGGCUGGCAGGGGGGCUGGAAUGAAAAGCGGGUGAAACGCAACGGAGGGAGGGCGGCAAAGCUCAAACGCCUCUCUCGUGCACGCUGCCGUCGACACCCGCUGUAUGUGGACUUCAAAGACGUGGGCUGGAAUAAAUGGAUCGUGGCCCCGUCCGGUUACGAUGCUUUCUUUUGUCUGGGAGAGUGCCGCUUCCCACUGGCUGACCAUAUGAAUUCUUCCAGCCAUGCUAUGGUGCAGACGCUGGUGAACUCUGUGAACGGGGCCGUGCCGCGGGCCUGCUGCGUGCCCACUGCCCUCAGCCCUAUCGCUCUCCUCUAUCUAGACCAGGAGGAACGUGUGGUGUUAAAAAACUACCAAGACAUGGUGGUGGAGGGGUGCGGUUGUCGAUAGCAAAACACUCGUGGAAUAAAUGCGCAAGAUGGAAAAUGAAUGGUAUUUUAAACUUAAUUAAAGGGACUUAAAAGAGGAAGUUCAGAAAGAUAAGGAAGUAAAGUGAGUCAGAAAGAGAACUGAAAGAAAGCGAGGUAAACUGUUGAUAUAUCAUCAUUAAAAAAAAUCUUUAAAGAAAGGUUCAAUAUGUUAAAAACGUUAAAAUGUGUUGAGCUCAAACAAUCGCAUUUGUUGCAUUAAAUUGAAAAACAACAUAAAAAAGUAAAAACUGCAGAUUUGUUGCCAAGAUCUGCAAUCGAAAGUAAGAGAUUUAAAUAUAACCUAUAAUUUUUUUUAAAUACUGAGACAACUGUAUCUCCUAAAAUAAAUAUGAUUAUAUCUUUAACAAAAGUUUAUACGUACACUGCAAAAAAUUACUUUCUUAGUAUUUAUGUAUUUUUUUCAGUACAAAUAUCUAUAAAUCCUUAAAUUAAGAUAUAUUUUCUUGAUGUGCAAAAUGACCUAAGAAAAUAAAGCUAGUUUUUAGAAAAGAAAAAAAUAAUGUAAGUGAAUUUCUGCUUAAACAAGCAAAAAAUAAAAUAAAAAUCCAGUGGGGUAAGAAUUUUUUUUGGACCUUUAUUCUUAAUUCAAGGAAAAAAUAAGAAAAAUGUUCUUACCCCAUUGGCAGAUUUUUCUGCUUGUUUUAAGCACACAUUCUACCGAGCCCCUAAGAUGACAUUGAAGUAAAAAAAUCUAAAGUUUAGUUUCAUGUGCUCACGUGAAACUUUCAUGUGCUCACGCAAAACCAUGUGCAGAAUUUUUUUAAGUGUAGUUUCGCGUGCUUACAUGAAACUUUCGCAGGCGCACAUAAAACUAUUGCGUGCGCACAUGAAAGCGAAAGUUUCACGCGGUAGUUUCACGUGCACACGCGAUAGUUUCACGCGAGCACGCAAAAGUUUCACGCGAGCACGCGAUAGUUUCACGCGAGCACGCGAUAGUUUCACGCGAGCACGCGAUAGUUUCACGCGAGCACGCGAUAGUUUCACGCGAGCACGCGAUAGUUUCACGCGCGCACGCAAAAGUUUUACAUGUGCAUGCGAAACUAAAGUUUAUUUCAUUUUUGCUCCAUGUCCCCUUAGGGGCUCCGUACAAAUUCACUGACAUUUAAUAUUUUUUAUAUUUAUAUAAUUUUUAAAAAUCUAGACUUAUCAAGAUAAUGCAUUUUAAUAUUUAAGAAUUUUCGUAUAAUUGUACUGAAAACAAGACAAAUAUACUAAGUAAGAAAGUCAUUUUUGCAGUGUAUUGAACUCAAUAUCUCUUCCAAUAGAAACACACCUGUAAAUAAAAAAACAUGAUGUCAGCAUUAUGCCACAAAUGCUGUUGAUUAAGCUUAACUUGUAUUGAACAUAUUGAGUCUUCCUUUAACAUGAGCACCUUCCCAUAAUCCUCUGGAGCCCAGCUUUGGCUUCUUGUGUCCAGUGACGCUCUGUAUCUGUGUGACCUAUGACCUGAAAAGCACUCAGUCCAAACGUGCCGUGUCCUUCGGUGUAAUAUACUCAAGCUUUCUGUCUUGUAAGCGUCCAGUCGCUAUGUUACCGUGUGUCUUUCCUGUACUGUUUUGUGCGUCCUUUCUUCACGAAACCACAUCAUCGACAACUCUAAGGGACCAAGAAAUGACCAAAGACUGUGGUCGAGAGAUGAAGAUGCUGAAAGACUUUAAGCCGAGACUAUAAGAGGAUUGGACUCUUCACAUAAACAUUAAAGCAUGCGCUGUGACAGAGGCAUAAACUGAUUGCAGGCACUUCUCAGUAUGAGCUAUUUAAAAAAAAUAAUAAUCAUGACACCAAGAAAUGAUUAUGUUAUUGUUUGAAUGUGCUAUUAUUUAUGGUUACCUGUAAUUUUUAUUUACGGUGCAGUCCAAAGAAACGUUUGCUAAACAAAUACUUCUGUGGUAGUAAUGUAAAUCUAAUUUAAAAAUGCAUCUAUAUAUAAAUAUAAAUAUAUAUAUUUAAAUAGCAAGAAUAUGAAAUAUUUAAUCUUGACAAUUACUGCAAAUAUAAAGUACAGUACAGAUACCAAAACGCCUUAUAGAUCCAUUUAAAGCCAGUCAAAACUGGUAUCACUCAUCUGUUGUUUUAAAAUCAGCACUGAAUCAUGGCAGCUUUAUAAUGGCCUUAUUUAUCUACGAGGGCUCUUUCUUUACAAUAGAAGCUUUGUGAAACAAAGAAAAUCGCAUAAACAUUUUACAAUCUUGUGCCAAAAUGUUAUGUAUUGUGCCAUACGUGUGCAAGCUUGGUCAUUUGGUAUUCAGCAUAACUUUGUGUCAUCAUAUAGCUAUCAAAGCAUUCAUCAAACUGUUUGCAUUGUUUAAAGAGUUAUAAAAAUGGAGGAUCAACUAAGCUUAGUCUAACUCUAAGCUUAUUCAAUGUCCUGACAUGAAUAGCCGAAUAUAUUUUACAAGUGUGACGCAUUACUUGCAGAAUUUAAACAAAAGCUUUGAAAAUGUGUGACAUUGUCUGGACCCAUUGUGAAAUGUGUAAUAAUAAAUUGCAAACUAAUCAGGCA